AUGAGGCUCUACACAUUGGAUCACAUCUACGGCGUCGGAUGUCACAAGACCAGUGUCAAGUUGCACAGGACGCCAUGGAUUCUGGGCCAAAAGGACACGUCAAUGACUCGCCAUGGAGAUUGUCUCAUGCUCUGCACCUACAACGUCAGGACAGUCUCCAGCAACGCCGGUCUUCACGCGCUUCUCAAAGCUGCAAGGUGCAUCAACUACCACGUAAUCGCCUUGCAGGAAACAAGGUCAAGGAAGACGGAGCAGCUGAGUGAUGGCACACUACCACGUAAUCGCCCUGCAGGAAACAAAGUCCAGGAAGACGGACAUUCCCUGGAUCGCGAAGACGAGACAUUGAUCUCAUAUCUGAACUGCGAUGUUCGACGAGAUAUGAGCCCUCGUGAAGCAAAACGUCCUCGAGAGAGGCCACCGACUAGAUCAGCUGAUGUGUUCAUUACACGGAUGGAAGCUGAAUUCUCAGCUGCUAACGAGUAA